GAAAUGGUUAAGCCUAUUACUGCAGACCAAUCAGGACUGGGGGAGCACUGCAAACCUCUGCAGUAAGAGAGAGAGAGAGGGAACAAGGGAGUGAGAGAGGAAGAGGACAGCAGAGCGGGAGAAAGAGAGACAUGGUGAUGGUUUGCACUCCUAUCCAGACAGCUUUGCAGGGAAGGAGCACAACAGAGUUGUGUAAAUGAAGAGUAUUCACUCAACAGUUUACCUUUAGCAGAGAAGAGGGGGACAAACAGGAAAUAAAUAAUCCCACAAAUUCUACAACAGGAAUAUUCUUUGUGGACUUGGUCUUCUGAGUGGUACUUAGGAAGAGAAGAUAGCGGGACUCUCGUUUGCUUAUGAAGAUUUAGUUGUAAUUCUUGGAUUACUCUGGGAAGAGGCAGAGGACAAAACAGCAGUUUGGAUCAUCAUUCGGCACAGACUGUUGCAGAUAUGGAAGGAGAAGGCACAGUGUGGUGUUUGGAGCAGCUCAGGAGCAUCUGUGUUUACUCUGCAUGGUCACUCUAAACCAAGGAUGUGGGACUGGAGGACAUACAAAUGAUGCUGUUUGGAGCUCUUGCUUCUUAAAGUCUAAUCACAGACUGGGAUCGCUUUGUAAUCUAAGAGAAACAGGUUCUCUGUCUCAUGAAGUGACGUCCUCUACCACAUGAUAAUGAUCUUCUCAUAAACUACUGAAUCAGCUCCCUUCCCAUGCACAUAAAUGCACAUACUGGUGAUCACAAAUGUCAUGGUGAUUGGACAUGCAUGCACUCUCAAUAUCCCCAGUGAUUUAGGUUUCAACAUGUCGGGGGACAAACUGGAGACCUGUGCUCAAUCUACAAGUCAAUGGUGGCUGGAGCCAGGCGUACAGACACUGAUGGAAAAGGUGGGGAGCGAAGGCCUGUUCCAUUAGUGCUCCCAGGAGAGACAUGGGCCUGGACGCUGUCCGGACACACUGACCUCCCCCUAACACAUUCUGGACAUUACUGUGUUGUACACUGGGAAAUGACUGACAGCUUACCCUGUUGGAGUACACGCUAAUGGAUUUAAAUACUUUUUCAUAUUUAUAGAUCCAAGUAUUAUCUUCACACUGUGGCAAAAAAAGAAGCAAAAGACAAGGAUUUGGAUUGCAUUAUGAGCAGUGCAUUUGAGUACUGUGUCGGGAAAAGAGUCAGUGUUCCUUUGUUUUCUCUGUUGGCUCUGUCUCACCUCCCUGGGAAUAUCAUGAGAUUAUAAACAGGAGGUGCCUCUGACAUCUUCUCCCUGUUCCGAUCAUCUAUCAGCGCCCUUACUACCGAACUAAAGGAGAUCUGAGAAAUCAUCUUUAGACACCAUUUGUGUAUACUCUCUAACACCGACUCAGUACAGGUGGCUAAUUCCCCAGCUUUCUUUCCAUUGAGGUCAAGCAAAAAAAAAGCUGGCAGGUUUGGCGAGACAGCUAGGAGGUUUUGUGGAUGUCAGCCUCUCUGGGAGGGACGAAGAGUGAAAGAAAAAGCUACGCUGGGGGGCUCUGCUGGAGCGGAAAUGUUUGGAUGGGAUGAUCGUCUCUGUGGAUCUAACAGGGACUCAAUGUCCUGAUUACACAGCCCUGGUAUUCAGAUAGCUCUGGAGGGAAGGGAUAAUGCUUAUCCUUCCCAGCCCAGAAAAAGAAGCCACCAUGAGCAACGUCACGGUUACUGACAACACCGAGCCUAUCAGCCGCACAAUGAGUCCGGCGACCCCCAGCCCGUAUUCCUACCCUGUUAGUUUUCAGGUCUCCCUGACAGGCUUUCUCAUGCUAGAGAUCUUGCUGGGCCUGAGCUCCAACCUCACUGUGCUGGCCCUCUACUGUAUGAAGUCCAACUUGAUUAGUUCUGUCAGUAACAUUGUCACCAUGAACCUCCAUGUGUUGGAUGUGCUAGUUUGUGUGUGCUGCAUCCCCCUCACCAUUGUGGUGGUGCUGCUCUCCCUGGAAGGAGACACGGCCCUCGUAUGCUGCUUCCAUGAAGCCUGUGUCUCUUUUGCUAGUGUUGCAACUGCUGCUAAUGUGCUUGCAAUCACGCUAGAUCGCUAUGACAUUUCUGUAAAACCAGCAAAUCGAGUGCUGACAAUGGGCCGUGCUCUGGCACUACUGGCUACCAUUUGGGUGCUGUCCUUUGUUAGCUUUCUUGUACCCUUUAUUGAGGUGGGCUUCUUUGCUCAAGGCCAUGCUGAACUGAACCAGACAGUGGUGGAAAAUGUGGUUCACACUAACCAGUAUUACACUGAACUGGGGCUCUAUUACCACUUGCUUGCUCAGAUCCCUAUUUUCUUCUUUACUGCCAUUGUAAUGCUCAUCACCUACUCAAAGAUCCUGCAGGCACUUAACAUUCGCAUUGGCACACGUUUCCACGCAUCACAAAAAAAGAAGGCUCGCAGGAAAAAGCGUUUAUCCAUGACAACUAUGACAACACAACAAGAGGCAACAGAUGGAUCCCAGAGCAGCAGCAGCCGCAAUCCCACACUGGGUAUGCGUACCUCUGUCUCUGUCAUCAUUGCCCUCCGAAGGGCUGUUAAACGCCACAGAGAGAGGCGGGAGCGCCAAAAACGGGUUUUCAGGAUGUCCCUUCUGAUUGUGUCAACCUUCUUGCUGUGUUGGACGCCCAUCACAGUUCUGAACACAAUUAUCUUGAGUAUGGGCCCCAGUGACCUAAUGGUGAAAUUGAGACUGGGCUUCCUUGUAAUGGCUUAUGGGACCACUAUCUUUCACCCUCUACUUUAUGCUUUCACAAGGCAAAAGUUCCAGAAAGUCUUAAAAAGCAAGAUGAAGAAGCGAGUGGUGUCAAUCAUUGAAGCAGAUCCUACUCCUAACAAUGCUAUCAUUCACAACUCUUGGAUCGACCCAAAGAGGAACAAAAAAGUGACAUUUGAGGACAAAGAUACCAAUUUGAAACAUCUGUCCCCAGACGAUGUGGAGUAAAAGAGACUAUUAUUAUCCUAAAGGGAUGUUUCAUUUCAUUUCAUUUUGUUUGUCUUUUUCUUUUUUUUCAUAGGUUUGUGUGAAAUUCUUAUGGGUAAUCAAUGCUUAACCUACAGUAAACAGCAGUCAGAGGACUCUCAGUUUGGACAGUUGAAAUUCUCAGUCGCUCAGGCUGGGAUUGAUUGACUAAAACAACUCAAACCUCAAAACUUGAACUAAAUGCUAUAGUUUACAUUAUGUAGGGUUUACGUUUUGAACAGCAUACGUUUUGCAACUGACAGUUGUUUGCUUUGCUGUUUUUUUCUCAUCUGAACAACAGCAGUGUUGGUCUGUAUCAUUGCGUGCACAGUGUCUGCACAAUGUAUCCUGCUCCCGAUCAGCUGUAAAAUUACACCUGUCUAGGUCCAAGAUUCCAGUCAAAAGAAAUAAUUAAAAUCCUGGAAAAGCACAAACACUCAUAAUCUUUUAAAUAACUGCAAAAAGUGCAAUGCCAUGCAUUAAACUAUCCAGCAACUUUGACAGUACUCCUGAUGGUCUGUGCUGAUCAGUGGCAGGUUAAAUUGGGCAGUUACCAUGCAAUCAGAUGCAUUGUGAUGCAGGGUAAAAAUCAAUAUACACAGUUUUCUAAAACUGUAUGGAAAAUUUGAGGUUUAAGUUAUUUUAGAUGGCAAAAAAGCUCUUACUAGGGACUCCUUCUGAGUAGAUAUAGCUUUUAUUUUAGAACUCCUUCCAGAUUCUUUCAAGCUGGGAGCCCUAUAAUCUGCUAUUUGCCAAAGGUAAAGACUAUUCAUAAGUUCUUUACACCAUCCCAUUUAAAAAAGAAAAAAUAAAUCCCUUAAUGGGAUGCAAUCAAUGACGUCAAAGCAGCUAAAAUUGACAUCAGGUCAUGAUGAAAAAGGGAACAUGUUAAUCCAAAGCAGUAAUGUAAAAAAUAUGUGCAAUAGAAUGUACAAAAUUAGAAAGUGGAUAAUUUAUUACUAUUUAUUGAUAAUAAAAGUAGGUUUCAUGGUUAUAUCAUAUACUGUACUGUAGAUAUUGCAUGGCCUUUUGUAACAGUAGCAACACAGUACAUUAUGUACAUACGUGUACAGGAUAAGGUAAACAAGGUAUUUAAAUAGAGAGAGAGAUGUAGAAAUUGUUAUGUAAAUGUAUAUUUACAAUAAACACCCUGUGCAGCGAAA